GGUUUGUUGUGGCUAGAGUCGAGUGGAGCUUGCUGUAAAUUGGGGCUUUGACGGUGGAUCUUCCCUUACGCUGAAUUUAAACCAAUCAGACUCAAAUGGACUAGGUACAAAGAAAUCCAGAAUGCUUCUCGACUUCUAAGCGUUCAAUUCAACAUUCAUCCAGGUGUUAGUUAGUGAGUAGAGGAUGAUAAAAGAAAAACUAAAGCAUACCAAUAUACUAUGUUCCACUAAUCGCCUUAUAAUCAUUUAAUUUUCAUCUUUAAUUAUUCCAAUACCCGAGUCUUCUUCAAUCUUUCCGUUUUGUCUAACUCACCUACUCUUUUCAGUAAGCCAUGGAUUCUCUCAUUAAGGAAUUUAGAACGGCAUAUGCCGAGAUGAAAGGUGACCGGCUAGCCGAAACCAUUCGACCAGAUACACAGACACACGCAGCAAAACUACAAUCUAUCUGGGGCCGAGGAAACCAACGAGAUGCUACAGCCGACCUAAAUUUUCUAUUCUACACGGACCCUUCCCGUCCCAGGCUCUCUCAGGAGGAGACAACGGGUUGGUUCGAGAUAUACCUUGCCUACUGGAAUGCGGUUGGAGAAAUACUUGCCGUAGAAGGUCUACGAAAUGACUCAAAGAAGCCAUCCAAACCGUCAUGGACGAAGGUGUACGAAGCGUGGAAACAUUUGACAUUACAAGUUAUCCGCGGAUAUACUCAUCAUGAAUUUGAGAACUGGACUAUCCCCUGCCUAUACGUCGCAGGGAAGUAUUUGCGGCUGUUUGCUAUUCGAGCAGAUGAGGAGAGGAAAACUAGCACUGACUACAGUACCGAGGCUGUCAUACAAGAUGACUUCGAUCCUGAGUACGAAGAACAUAAGAUGCUAGAAGAUUGUACUCGACACCUUAAUAGGAUCUUUCAGACUUGCUUGAACGACAGAGCGCCACUAGAAGAAUCUCGAAAAUGGGGCAUCUACUAUGCCAUCAACCUCUUAUUCAAGAGUUACUUCAGGCUUAACUCUGCCACGCUAUCUAAAAAUGUCCUGAAGGCGAUUCAAGCAGGUCGGGGAGACAUGCCGACGCUUGAUAAGUUUCCCAAGUCGCAACAGGUCACCUUCAAAUAUUAUGAAGGGGUCUUGGCAUUUCUCGAAGAGAAUUAUGUGGAGGCCGAGCAACAUCUUACUACGGCCUGGCACAUGUGCCACAAGGACUCCAAGAGGAAUCUCGAGCUAAUAUUAACUUAUCUUAUUCCGUGCCAUCUCCUUACAACACACACACUCCCUAGUUCCCAACUGCUCGAACCAUUCCCACGACUACAGCAGCUCUUCUUACCUUUAGGUGCAGCGAUCAAGAAGGCAGAUCUUCGCGCAUUUGAUGCUGCGUUACGCGAUGGUGAGGACGAGUUUAUAAAGCGACGCAUCUAUCUCACCCUGGAACGUGGUCGCGACAUCGCCCUCAGAAACCUUCUACGAAAAGUUUUCAUUACGGGUGGAUUCGAAGAAGGAAAGGAUGGCGCUGCGCCUGUUCGUCGUACGAGGAUACCGGUGGCCGAGUUCGCUGCCGCAAUAAAGAUUAGUGGCGGAGGAGACAUCGAUACUGAUGAAGUAGAGUGUCUCCUAGCCAACAUGAUCUAUAAGAACUUGAUGAAAGGAUAUAUCGCCCACGAGCGUGGCUUUGUGGUACUAAGCAAGACUGGUGCAUUUCCGGGGACGAAGGUCUGAGUCAAUAAAGCGAAUGGGCUGGCAAAGAAACGAGGGACUUGUCCGUCCUCUGGCCGAAUGAUGUGAUGAGCAGACAGCACUUUAAAUACGCGUUGCUAGUCUACCUAGGCAGCUGAAGGAUGCUGACCGAAGAGUUUUAUUGAAUUGCCUUGCAUAGAGGAUGCGGCUGAGUUGCGGGUGCGGGGAAGAAUGGUGUUAUUAGUUUAGAUCCCGCCCUGCACACCCUCUUCUUGGUUCGUUGAUAGAACGAAUGAGAAUGCGAAAGACAUGUAUGAGUGGACGUAUCAUCAGUUUUAAGCUAUUGGACUUUUGAUACUUGAAUCUUAUUUCCCUUCUGAGUCGUUUUAUCUAUUCUAAUUGGGUGUGAUAGCAUAGACUUACAAUGAACACGGGCAAACAAUUUCAAGGAUCCAGUAGAGGUCUAGUCACUUCAAUGUGAUCACAUAGGAGACACUGGCUUUGUUUUUUCUUUUCUUUUCUUUUUUUUUCUUUCUUUUUCUUUUCCUUUUCAAGGACACCUUACAUUUCUUAAUGACAUAUCAUAAACCAGAUAUCUUGGUGAAGAGACUAGCAGUAUUUAUUCCAAC